AUGUCUAUCUUACUUACGGGCGCGAGUGGAGGCCUUGGCGGUGCCAUUUUCUCCCAAAUCGUUUCAACGCCCGCUCUGCGUGCCCACCACGGCAUCUACGCUGUGCGGGAUGCUGCAUCUUCGAAAUCCACUUUCAAAAAGCUGUCCUCCUCAUCGCCUUUCCAUUCCUAUGAACUGGUGUCGCUCGACCUUUCGCGACUUCAGAGCGUGCGCGAGGUUGCUGCGGCUAUCAAUGCCCAGGUCGAGGUGGGGAGUAUUCCACCUAUUACUGCCAUCAUCCUCAAUGCCGGUUACGAAGAGGCUGAGAGGCAGACAUGGACCGAGGACGGCCUGGAUAUGUCUUUUAUGGUCAAUUACCUUGGUCAUUGGCUCCUGACACUUCUACUACUACAAAGUGUUGACCGAGAGCGAGGAAGGAUUGUUUGGAUCAGUAGUUGGGCCCAAAAUCCCGAAGACCCACACAAUAUCAUGAACGGCUCUUUCAAAGACAACAGAUAUAAGACUAUGGUCUUUGAUGACCUCGAACCUCUCGCAAAGGGAACCUGGAGCUCAAAUGCAGAUGACAACACUUCCUGGGCUGCUGCAUAUCGCCGUUACGGGGCUUCUAAGAUGUGUGGAGUGGCGAUGAUACAUGAGCUUCAGAGCCGAUUGGAUCAGGAUCCCCUCUUGAGCAAGAUAUCGGUACUCGCAAUCGACCCGGGUGCCAUGGCUACAGGUAUCAUUCGCCACAGUCACUGGUUUGUUCGUGUAUUAGUGUUUCGAGUAUUUGCUGGCAUAUUUGGUACUAUGCUGGUAUAUUUGUACCCGAAUGGUUCGUGGCGCACUCCGCGAAAAUCUGCUCGUGAUGUCCUUGCGGCUGCUUUCGAUUGCGGUCCGCCACCGCUCACUGCACAGCCCAAAGGCGUCUAUCUCAAUGGCUCAGAGGCUGGACAAUACAGCUCGGAGGCUAAAGAUCCCAAGAAGGGACAGGUCAUCUGGGAGGGUAGCCUUCGUUCCUCUGCACUAGAGGGCCACGAAACUAUACUGCGACAGUGGCGUUGA